GGUCCCAUGAAUCGGGGAUGGCGCUGUGUUCAGUGUUAGUGAGUUUGGAGCCAAAGUUUCGCAGCGCAGGCAAGAAAGUUUUGCUGGAUACGAGCAGAGAUCUUAACUUCUGUCAUGUGGACCUCCAGGACAAACAUGUGGACCACAGACCCAAGAUAACAAGGAGUUGCGUGGCUGUUUUGAAGGAUAUUUUCCUUGUUGUUGAGAUGGAAAGAACGCUUAACGGGACUGCUGGCUUCGCUGCGCACCGCUUGUUCCAAUGGACUGCCGUGGCUCUUAUCACUUUGUAAGUUGGACAGAAACUCAUUGCACGCCCGCAGACACGUUUGCAACACGAGUAUGACUUAACUUGUUAACGCUUUGCUAUGUAGCCUAGCCUCGGGUGUUUAAAAAACAAUGAACUCUCCCAGUAACCAGGAGCUGGCACUCUUAUCUCGAAAACACCGGCUCAUGGCUGCAGCGAUGCCCGCUGAGGACGGCGCGUUGCCCCGCAGCGCCUCCAGGGCUGAUCGGAACGGAUUCGGGGGUCUUGUUCACUGUUUUAUCUGCGGGAGCGGCGUCACGCCCGGGAAAGAACUACGGCUGCAAGUGACAUAUCAGAAAGAGAGGUUGCCCUUUUUCCCGUUUCUCCAAAAUCAGGAGCCAGCUCCGGGUGCGUGCGAGCUGAGCGCGGAUGGCUGCGCGCUGGUGUGCGCGGUGUGCCACUGCUUCCUGGCUGAGCAGUGGAACUCCUUCGAGCGGAGCAGGACGCCCAUCGAGAAGCGCAUGUACUGGCUGAAACGACCCUACCAGUGCGACUCCAGGCGGGUCCCUCAGGAGUGGAACAUCUCCUACGACCUGGAAAGGAGAAUCAGCCAUAACUACGACGGGGGCGCAGAGUCUGAUUUCUCAUCUUUUUCUGAAAACGAGAACAUUUCAGAUCAAGAGAUGGAUCUGGUUGACAGGGUGGGCAGGGAAAAAUGUCUGAGAGCGCCUGCUAAAGCCCUGAAAGACAGUAGCAGGAAAAACAAUGUGAUCAGUAUCAAAAACAGCCCGGAUUCACAGCAUUCAGUGCGCUGUGCGGCGGGCGUUUAUGACGCGCAUGAAUCAUCUAAAGCUGAUGGUGUGCAGGCGGCACGGCGCGGGGCUAAAAUGAUGAAUAAUGUCUGUCAGUCAGCAGAGUCCCAGGAGAGGCUCCCUCCGCGGUGUUAUGGCAAUCCUCUAACUGACACACCUGUGCAGGACAACGGCGUGAUUAUGCGCAACAGGCGCUCGCUGAAGGAGGAGAAUAUGAAACAUGUGGAGCAGCGUCAGACCCAGCGUGUCACCGACAGCAGCUGCGCUCCAUUCAGACAUCCAACUCUGCUGCUACGAGGGAGAGCCGAAAACAACUCCCACCCUGCGCUGUCUCCUGUCCUCUCUAAAUGCACCGUAGGGAGGGAGAACAGCUCCGAAAACUCAGAGGGAGACGAGAUAAACAUUACAAGUGAUGAUGAGCGGGACAUCUGUGGUCCAAAGGCUGGACCAGCAGCUCUGCAAAGAGCUGUCACUGAUCUGUCUUCAAAGAGGAGCUCCCAUCAUGCUGCAAACUCCUGCCCAGAGGAGCCAGUGUGUUAUAUAUGUGGUGCCGGGCUCAGACAAGGUGCCAGUUUCAAAAUUAGUGUUCAAAAACAGGAGUCAGCCCGAGGAGAGCCGUUCUUUCCCUUCCUUUGGCUUCACUCAGCUCCCCUGGGUGCCGUGCCCAUCAGCACCUCAGGUACAACUAUUGUUUGUGGCAGCUGCCACACCUCCCUCAUGCAGCAGUGGGAAAGCUUUCAGCUGGCUGAUGUGCCUGUUCUCCAACGCCUAUACGUAGUCCCCCUGAAUCAAAAGUCCAGCACCCUUCAUCCAUCCCAACAUAAAGCACUAGACAGAAAAACUCCAGGUUCCCUUGAGGUCACACUUGAACCUAGGUCGUCUCAUGAAGCCUGCUUCCUUUGUGGCCAGGAGGGUAGAGGAGAUUUGAGAGUAGUAUAUGCACAAACUGGUGUAGGAAAAUCCCGAGCCGUGAUGUACUUUCCCUUUAUCAACUUAUUGCCUUGCCCACCUAAUGCUCAAGUGAUGAGGAACGGUUGUGUCCACUGCUGCGCACAAUGUCACUCUAUUCUGCUGGAUAUCUGGAACGCAUAUCGACUAAGCCUCAGCGAAGACCUCAUCACAUCUGUUAGCUCAUUUCUUGUUCGGUACCAUUCCUCCUUGUCUUCUGAUUUGCCCGGACCAGCCCCCUCUCAGGUUGAGGGGGGCUCUCACCAUGGCAGCUCCUUGUCAGCGUGUUACCUGUGUGGAGCGGAACUGAGUGCAGGUGCAGAAUACCAGCUGCAUGUCAACCCACCCAGCCGUUUUGGGGAGAGGGAGCCUUUCUUCCCUUUUCUAACAGUUUACCCACCUGCACCAGGUGCUAAACCAGUGGAUGCCACAGGCCUUGUGUCGGCCUGUAAACUUUGCUUCCAUGACCUGCACUCUCAGUGGGCACAACAUGAGAGCAAGGCCUUGGAGUCCUCCAGCCCAGCUGCUUCUUUGUUACCUGGCACUAACCCUCAGUCAACGAGCUCCCAGUGGGCCCGUCAGUACAGCUGUGAGGCCUUUGUGUGCUUCUUCUGCAGGCAGGAGCAGCGCAGGCAAGGCAGGCUGUGCGCCGUCAAUGUGGCCAGGCUACCUGUGUUUUUGUAUGCACCUCGCAGCCCUCGCACACUCCUGGUGGAUGAUGGAAGGAGGCUGGUGAUAGGCUCGUGCGUAGAUUGCAAAGCAGUGGUGCAAGUGGGACAGAGUAUGCAACAGGAUGUAGCCAUGCCAGCACGUGGAGCCUCAGCUGGAGAAAGAACGGAUAAUGAAUUAGGUUCCCCAAAGCCUAGAAACAAGGCCAGUACUUUGAUGGAUAGCACUAGAGCCACUAAAGAAGCGGACUCAGGGUCUUCACAACCUGCAGGGGACCACCCUCCUUCAUGCCCUGUGACCUCAGAGCCGAGGAGAGGAGAGGGACAACUUUGCAGCAUGAGCCAUGAGCCAAAGUCACCAUCAUUAGGAAUGAUCUCAACGGCGACCCGUACAACGGCGACGGUCAGCCCCCUCACCCCGUCGCCUCUGAACGGCUCCAUCGUAGCAAAUGGAAGCCCAGCUGCCCAGUCAGCCCACUCCGGAUUCGCCGCAGCCCUUCGUAAACUGGCAAAACAGGCCGAAGAACCUAGAGCUGCGUCGUCCAUCAGCAGCGAAUCGUCUCCAGUCUCAUCUCCUGCCACCAACCACAGCUCUCCAGUCAGUACACCCAAGAGGGGUCCUCUUGGUCCAGGACCUGUGCUGGUUCCCCCAGUGGGUCACAGUGUGCCAAACACUCCACCUGUCGUAACCAUAGCUCCGACAAAGACCAGCAACGGCCUGUGGAGGAACGAGGGACGGCAGGCUGACUCGGGGCCCCGUGGGGCCAGCAGGGAACGUUUGGGUGCAGAGGGGACCUUCUCCCAGGAGAAAGGUGGCCCCUCAGUCCCUGCUCACCUCCUGGGAAACCCCUAUGCCUUUGGUCUCACCCCUGGUGCUGUCAUGCAGGAUUCACGGUUUCCCCCCCUUAACCUGCCCAGACAGUUGCCUAAUGCGGUGCCUCCUGGUGCUGUACCAGAGGAGUACAUCCGGAGUUUUCGGCCCUAUGCCACUGCAGAGGAUCCACUCAGGAUGCAGUCUCUGCCUUUGGGCCUAGACCCUGCAGCAGCUGCUGCUGCAGCGGCGUACUACCACCCCAGCUACCUUCCCCACCCGUCCUUCACACCGUACAGGAUGGAUGACCCGUUCUGCCUCUCUGCUUUAAGGUCACCUUUCUAUCCACUGCCAGCAGGGGGAGCCUUACCCCCCAUUCAUCCUUCUGCUGUUCACAUGCACCUACCAGGCGUCCGCUACCCUGGAGAUUUUGCACACCCGUCAUUGUCAGCUCUGCAGUCUGAGAGACUCCAGCUAGAAGAUGAGCUGCGGCAGCGUGAGAGGGAACGUGAACGUGAACGAGAACGAGAGCGGGAAAAAGAGAGGGAGCGUGAGGCAGAGAGGGAGAAGGAACGCGAGAGGGAACGGGAGCGUGAGCGUGAACGAGAAAAAGAGCUGGAGAGGGAGAGGGAACGGGAGCGCGAGAGAGAGCGGGAGAAGGAGAAGGAAAGGGAGAAGGAGCUGGAGAGGCAGAGGGAGAGAGCUCUGAGGGAGAAGGAGCUGCAGGCAUCCAAGGCCAUGGAUAACCUCUACAUGGCUGAGCUCCACACAAUGAGAGGACAGGAGGAACGAAGCAAGCCUGAGAGGCUAACCCCUAAUCGGGCUGAAAAAACCAAAGAGCCUGCUCUUCCCGCUCCCAAGCCAGUCCCACCUGGAAUCCACCCUUCAAUGGUCCAACCUCAUCAUCACGUCUCUGGGCUGAUCUCUAACCACGGCCUCUACAUGGGCUCCAGCGCUGUGGGCGCAGGACUCCCCUCCUCCUUGAUCACGCAGAGAGCAAACGAAGAGGAGAGGUGGUUGGCACGGCAACGCAGGCUCAGGCAGGAAAAAGAGGAUCGUCAGUCCCAGGUGUCUGAAUUUCGCCAGCAGGUUCUGGAGCAGCAUCUGGACCUGAGCCGGACUCCUGACUUACCAGAUCACAGGACAGACGCGCACAGGUCCAUGCAAAACCACCAUGAACCAGGAAUCAGGGAGCAUCAUCCCCACCUGGGCGCCCCACCACCCCUCAUCUCGCCCAAACCUCCACAGCCCCAGCGUGAGCACCACCCUGCACCUCCAACAACCUUGUGGAACCCUGCCUCUCUCAUAGAAACUCCUUCAGAAUCCAGGCGUAACCACGAGCCUUCAGGGAUGGGCCACUAUGACAGAAGUCGAGUUCCCCCAGGGCCCUCCAAAUAUGAAGAUGGAGCUCGAAGGAGAGACAUGGGAGCGAUGGAGAAAUACCCCCCUCUCAGACCUCCUCUAGUCCUCCCAGAACACAGCACCUUCCUUGCUGAUCUAGAGAAAUCCACCCAGUCCUUCCUAAGCCAGCAGAGGGCAGCGAUGUCUCUACCUAGUCAGUAUGAAAUGGAGGGAAGCUUAAAGAUCAAUGCAGGACUAAAGAACCUUCAGGGACAUCCAGUGCACAGCAGACAUGGACAAGGUCCUGGAAUGAUAGCUGGACCUGGCAUUGGACCGCUGACUGCACAGGGUGCGGGUCCAGAGACGGUGCUGAUCUAUGAUGAGUUUCUCCAGCAGCACCGAAGGCCUGUCAGUAAGCUGGACCUGGAGGAGAAAAGGAGAAGGGAGGCCAGAGAGAAAGGUUACUACUAUGAGCUGGAUGACUCGUAUGAUGAGAGCGAUGAGGAGGAGGUCAGAGCCCAUCUCAGAAGAGUAGCAGAGCAGCCCCCACUGAAACUAGACGACUCUACAGAGAAAUUAGAGUUUCUGAGAAUGUUCAAUCUGACCACCAUGAGCCGGCGUGAUGAGCUUGUGCAGCAGAAGAGGAGGAAAAGGAGGAGAAUGCUUAGGGAGCGCAGCCCUUCACCUCCUGCAUCAAAGUCCAAACGCACCCCCCCACCACCUCCUGCUCCGCUCAGCACACGCUUCACUCCGGAGGAAAUGGACCAAGCACCAGAACUGGAGGACAAGAAGCAAUUUCUUACCAUGUUUAAACUCUCUCACGUCACCAUGCAGGACAGAAAAGACAAUGAAAGGGUGAUUGAACUGCUUCAAGCCAUAAAAGAAAAAAAUGUAACCUUGGAUACAAUCAGACAUGCACCUCAUCCGCUGUGCAAGAGUCCUCCAGCACACAUCUCUGAUAAAGCAACUACCCAACACUCCUCUGAAUCUGAAGACCACCAUAAUGUCAGGCAGCAUAGUCCUCCGUCACAUUGCCCAGCAUCCCCCUGUGCUCCUAAACCUCUUGGAGACAUCUUACGACCGAAGGCACCCCCCUCCCCGGCUGUCUACCCAGACAAGGCCCGGGGGUCCGGUGAGGGCCCCGUCUCAAAGAGGAACUCCAGCUUGCUCAACAGCUUGCGGCCGCCACUCCCCCUGCAGACUAAAGAGGGACCUCCUAGCGUCAACGGGCGCACAAAACCUUGGGACAGCUUCACCCCAGAGGAAUUCGCCCAGCAGUUCCAUGAAUCUGUGCUUCAGUCCACUCAGAAGGCUCUGCAGAAACACAAAGGCGGAGCAGCAGGCGUGUCAGAGUCAUCUCACCCUCAGGAGUCAUCGGUCCACUAUAACCUUCCCGAGCUUCAGAACGCCCCCAGCCGCCCACCUCUGCCACUCUCACAGGCGCACUCAAACAAUCCCCCGUUUCCCCUUCCCCACUCCCACCCUCAGCCCAAUGGACAGCACUUUCCAAUGCCCCUCCACAAGGAGGCAGCAGUGAUGAGGGAGGGCCUGUCUGGUUCAGAGGAUUUUGAAGAGGAGGAUGAUGAGGAGGAGGAAGAGGAGGCUCCUGUUCCCAAGUGGCAGGGAAUCGAAUCUAUAUUUGAAGCAUAUCAGGAAUAUGUUGAAGAGCAAACUUUGGAGAGACAAGUAUUACAGAACCAGUGUCGAAGACUAGAAGGGCAGAACUACCACCUCAGUCUGACAGCCGAGCAACUGUCUCACAGUAUGGGGGAGCUGAUGUCUCAGCGACAGAAGCUGGCAGUGGAGCGGGAGAAGCUACAAGCAGAGCUGGAGCACUUCAGGAAGUGUCUGAAACUGCCGCAGACACAUUGGCCUAGAGGCAGCCAUUACAAAGGAUACCCUCCUAGGUGACCCCCGACAUGCCCCCCCUGAAGACUCCCAGCCCCCCAGCUGCCUCCCGUCAGACAUAAGUUUAUUUUUCACAGCCUUGUCCUUGUGACUCCACAGAGGGAAUAUGGCUUACUGGAUAAGAUGAGUGAAUGAAAUGGCUUGGGUAAAUGAAUAAACGGGUGAAUGCACAAGAGACAGGACCAUUGAGUGAAGGA